UCCCGCUCCGUCUCAGAGAGAGAGAGAGACAAGUAGAUCUUCUAAAAUUCGAGAGCAUUUCUAGGGUUUACACAUAAAUCAUCAAAAGAUCUUUCUCCACAUCGUCUGAUCAUCUAUAUAUAUACUGAAGAAAAAUAUGUCAAGUCGGCAGGAGAAGGAAAAAGGCGUAAAUGUUCAAGUCCUUCUUCGUUGCAGGCCGUUUAGUGACGAUGAGCUGCGUAAUAACGCACCACAAGUUGUUACCUGCAAUGAUUAUCAAAGAGAAGUUGCUGUUUCUCAAAACAUUGCUGGGAAACAGAUUGAUAGGGUUUUCACCUUUGACAAGGUGUUUGGUCCAGCAGCUCAACAGAAAGAGUUGUAUGAUCAAGCUGUAGUUCCUAUUGUAAAUGAGGUGUUAGAAGGAUUCAAUUGUACCAUUUUCGCCUAUGGUCAAACUGGUACCGGUAAAACCUUUACAAUGGAAGGGGAAAGCAGGAAAUCCAAGAAUGGAGCUUCAGACCAAUUGCCAGCAGAAGCUGGUGUUAUACCAAGAGCAGUUAAACAGAUCUUCGACACACUGGAAAGUCAAAAUGCUGAGUAUAGUGUCAAGGUUACAUUUUUGGAGCUUUACAAUGAGGAGAUUACUGAUUUGCUGGCUCAUGAAGAAAUCACAAAGUUUUCUGUGGAGGAGAAGCAAAAAAAGCAAUUACCUCUCAUGGAGGAUGGCAAGGGUGGAGUCCUGGUAAGAGGACUAGAGGAAGAAAUUGUAACAAACACCAGUGAGAUUUUCACUUUAUUAGAAAGGGGUUCUGCCAAACGUCGCACCGCAGAAACACUAUUGAACAAGCAAUCCAGUCGUUCACAUUCUCUAUUUUCGAUCACAAUCCACAUUAAAGAAACAACACCAGAAGGAGAGGAACUAAUCAAAUGUGGGAAGUUGAAUUUGGUCGAUUUGGCUGGGUCAGAGAACAUUUGUCGUUCUGGUGCUAGAGAGGGCCGUGCUCGAGAAGCUGGAGAAAUAAACAAAAGUUUACUUACUUUAGGUCGUGUAAUAAAUGCUCUAGUUGAACAUCUUGGACACAUUCCUUACAGGGAUAGUAAGCUCACUAGACUACUUCGUGAUUCACUGGGUGGGAGGACAAAAACAUGCAUAAUCGCCACCGUCUCACCAGCUGUGCACUGUCUCGAAGAGACGUUAAGUACAUUGGACUAUGCACACAGGGCAAAAAAUAUUAAAAAUAAGCCGGAGGUCAAUCAGAAAAUGAUGAAAACAACUCUCAUCAAGGACUUGUAUGGAGAAAUUGAUCGGCUUAAAGCAGAGGUUUAUGCUACACGUGAAAAAAAUGGAGUUUACAUUCCGAAGGAACGGUACUAUCAGGAGGAGAGUGAAAGAAAGGCUAUGGCUGAUCAAAUUGAACAAAUGGGACUAACGCUGGAAGCUAAUCAGAAGCAAAUUGAGGAGCUUCAAGAAAAAUAUGAUGGUCAAGUUCAACAAGCUAACGAUUUGAGAUGCAAACUCGAUACCACACAGAAAUAUUUGGAUCACACUUGCAAAUUACUGUCUAGAGUGGAGGAGGAACUCAAAAAGUCCCAAUAUGCACUGAAGGAGAGAGAUUAUAUUAUCUCAGAACAGCAAAAAGCAGAAACUGCUUUGUCAAAUCAAGCUUGUGUUCUGCGUUCUGACUUGGAGAAGACCCUUCAGGAAAAUGCUUUGCUGUUUUCGAAACUUGAUAGAGAAGACAAACUCAAUGUCAAAAACAAAUCGGUGGUGGAUAAGUUCCAGGCAGAGCUUGCGGAUAAGAUUAAAGCUCUUUGUAGUACCGUUUCUACAUCAUUGUCUGAGCAAAAUGAACACAUACAUAGUGUUGAAAAACUAUGCCAGUCUUUACUUGAAUACCAUGAUAAGUCGGCGGUGGAUUUAAAGAAAAAAGUAGCAGGCUCAAGGGGUCUGCUUGUCUCUCAUAUUGAAGCAAUGCAAAACGUGGUGCGCUUGCACAAAGCCAGCAGCAAUGCAAGCCUAGAUGAGAUUUCAUCUGUCACUUCUGCCAAUGCCGAUACAAUUGAAAAGUUUCUAUCCACAGUAGCGGAAACAACAAACUCAACACUUGGUGAACUGCAAAGCACUAUUUCAAGUCACCAGGAGGAGAUGUCACUCUUCUCUAAGGAAUUGCAUAAGAGAUUUCACAUUAGUAUUGAACAAACCAAGGAGAUGUCACAAUCCAUACUUGGAUUUCUUGAUAGGAUAAGGGAGGAAUCGUGUAGGCUUGACCGCCACACAGGUCAAGUUCAUGAAACUCAGCAAAAAUACAUAGCUGAGUUUCAGAGGGCUUAUGAGGAACAAUCAAAAACCGAAGCUGAGCAGCUUUUGGCUGAUAUGGCUAUUUUGGUCUCGAACCACAUUAAUCAUCAGAAAGAGCUGGUUGGUACGAAACUUGUCGGCCUGAGCAACACUAUCACAGAAAGCAAGGCAUUUUUGGAUGGCCACACAGUGGCAGUGGAUGGUAUAACGACGGAUGCCAAGAGGAAAUGGCAGGCGUUUUCCCAUCAAGCAGAGAAUGAUGCAAAAGAUGCUGCAGAUUAUUCUUCUGCCACUCACUGUCACGUGGAUUUACUCCUAAACCAAUGUUUAAGCAAUGUUGAGAAUGCUUCUCAGCAAUGGAAGAAGACACAUGAAUCUGUUCUUGUGCUGGAUAGUGAGCAUGUCUCAGCCAUGGAAUUUCUUGUCAGGAAUGCCUCUGAGAAUAAUGAACAACAUGACAUGGAGAUUAGUUCUGCACGAGCUGCAGCAGAGGAGGACGUUACAAAGACUAGUGAGAAUAUCCUUCAACAUUUCGACAGAGUAUCAAAACAUGACCAAGAAUCAGUCUCUGGAAUAAUGACUGCUAUCAAGGCUCAGUCAAAUACACAAGAGAAACUUUUGGAAAACCAUGCAGGUGAAGCAUCAGAGAUUGAGAGGCAAGUUGAGAACACUUUCCAGAAAAGAUAUAUGGACUAUGAACCAAGUGGGACAACACCAACAAGAUCAGAGCAAGAUGUACCUAGUAAGGGAACAAUCGAGUCGCUCAGGGCAAUGCCGAUGGAAACGUUGCUCGAGGAAUUUAGAGAAAACCAUCCAUAUGUACCAACACCCUCUAAAGAACUUAAACCAUCUCUCAUUCCACGCUCACCUCUCAUCCAACUCAAUUGAUGAUGCCUGCUGUAUAUAUGUUGAGUCUAUUACAUCCCACCUCGGGGUUACUUUUUUGUUGUAACAUCUAAAAGGCUUGCAGUUUUUCCCUUCUUAUGUAUCUUCUGGAGUCUGUUGAGCAUCAUUUUAUAAGUAAGAGAAGGCUCACGUAAAUGCUAUUUGAAACAAAACACGGAUGGACAGAAAUACUGCUUGAUAUUAUGGUUGAACUUUGGUCAAGUGUUGUGCAUUUUACGGACUUGACAUGACUAGCUAGAUGGAUUAUGGCGAUUGACUUUGGUGAAAUCCUUCUAGCUGAACUUCAUAUGAGA